UCAAGGCCCCCCCUCCCCCAUCAUGCCUCAACCUGUGUCGCCUCGGGGCAGCAUCGCAGGACUGGUGUCGACGGGGCUCUUCUCUCCUGUGGCUAAUCCGUUCGGCUCGGAUGGGAGUGCCCGGUACCAGCCCGAGGGUUCCAGCAAUGCCACGUACGCCGGAGGCAGCACGCCGGGCGGGACAAGGCCCGACUCCCUCUUUGACCCUUUCCACAUCCGGCUGCAGCCUGACGGCUCUCGCCACACUGGCCUCGAAGAACGGACUGUGGGCCGGCCGCACCAGCCGCUCUCCUUGGAGAUCAGCAGGGUGCAGCCGGAGGGCUCCGGCGGGGCCCAGGGCUUCAGCACCCCGACCUUGCGUUCCCCAGUAGAACUGCGUCCGUUGUCCCCAGCAUCGGGCAGCUCCUCCUCCCUUUCCAACAUGUCUCCCUCCAUGAAGCUCAGCCAGUCGCCCAACAGGGGCCUGUUGCCGGACCUUUGCGCCUUGGACCCCAUGACUUCGGGCAUCCUGGCUGCGGUGGAGCUGAAGGACACGCUCCCGAAGGCCGAAUCCAGCGACCACAUCUGCCUGAGCCGCCCUGGCUCGUCCCACCGGCCCAUCUCCCUCCCCAAAGCCGUUUCCAGCGAGUACCUCUCCAGCGGAAGGGUCUGCCCUUCCAAGUCCUCCAUGCUCUCCAAGGCCGAGUCCGAGGAGGUCAUCUCGUACACCCGGGUCAAGCACUCCCCCAAGUCCCACGACCUGGGCCACGUGAACUCCAAAGAGAGCAUUCUGACAAGACUCAGCAAGUCCCACAGCCAGCAGGACUGCACGUUUCGCAUCACUGUGAUCACCUGGAACGUCGGCACGGCCAUGCCUCCCAGCGAUGUGACGUCCCUCCUGCACCUCAACACGGGGGACUCCAAUGAUGCGGACAUGAUCGCUAUUGGGCUGCAGGAGGUGAACUCCAUGAUCAACAAGAGACUAAAAGAUGCCCUUUUCACCGACCAGUGGAGUGAACUUUUCAUGGAGGUGCUGAGCCCCUUUAAUUUUGUCCUGGGCAACAAGGGCGGGGUGAGCGUGCGCCUCUCCAUCUUCGGGCACAUGGUGUGCUUCCUGAACUGCCACCUGCCGGCGCACAUGGAGAAGGCCGAGCAGCGCCGGGAGGACUUCACCACCAUCCUCCACUUACAACAGUUCGAGGGGCCGUCGGCCAGUGGGAUCCUGGAUCACGAUCUUGUCUUUUGGCUCGGGGAUCUCAACUUCCGAAUCGAGAGCCUCGACAUCCGCUUCGUGAAGUACGCCAUUGACAACAACAUCCUCCACCAGCUCUGGGAGAAGGACCAGUUGAACAUUGCUAAGAGCACAUGGCCCAUCCUGAAAGGUUUCCAAGAGGGAUCCCUGAACUUUCCUCCAACCUUCAAGUUUGAUGUGGGAACCAACAUGUACGACACCAGUGCUAAGAAGCGGAAGCCGGCUUGGACGGACCGUAUCCUGUGGAAGAUUAAAGGCCCUGGCAUCCCGACACAUCCCGGGAGGUCCGGCUGUGGUGUCCUGGCUGUAACCCAGCUUUGCUAUUGCAGCCAUAUGGAGUACACCGUGAGCGACCACAAACCUGUGGUCUCCAUCUUUGCUGUGCAGUUUGCUUCCAGAGCUGACGUGCCCCUGGUGGAACUCCAAGUGGCUGAUGAGUGGACGAAAGUGGAGCAAGCUGUCGUCAGGUACAAGAUCUCUUCGACUUAUCACCGCAGCUCCUGGGACUGGAUCGCCCUUUACCGGGUGGGCUUCCGGCACUACAAAGACUACGUUGCGUACGUGUGGGCAAAGCAAGAAGACACAGAAAGCAACACCUACCAGUUAAUGUUUCCGGAGGAGUCUCUGCCCAAAGGGAAAGGCGAAUACAUCCUGGGUUACUACAGCAACAACUACAGCUGUAUGGUGGGGGUGACAGAACCCUUCCAGAUUUCGCUGCCCUCCUUGGACCGCCUCACCAGCCCCGUGGACAGCUCCAGCAGCACCUCCGAAGAGGAGGACGACAGCACGCUGGUGCUGCUGGGCCCCAAGUCCCGCAGCCCAAGCCCGGGCAAGAUGACGCGCCACCGCAGCCGCAGCCCCAGCCUGGCCAUGUUCCAGGAGCUGAUCCUGCGCUCGUCCAGCCGGGACCAGGGCGCCAGCCGCAGCCCCUCGCCCCAGGGCCGCCGCGGCAGCAGCACCACCGUCCACAAGGGCGAGAUCCCCAGCAUCCAGUUCCCCAAGGACAGCCCCCGGCAGCGCUCCAAGUCGCGGGAGCCGGCAGCCAGCACAGAGAGUGGCGGCGGCGGCGGCAGCAGCAGUGGGCCCCGGCUCCAGGUGGCGCGGGCCGAUCCCCGCAGUCUGGGCCUGCUGCCGGCCGUGCGCUUGGAGACCAUCGAUCAAGUCAUGAGCCGACGGGAGAGCUCGGACCAGGGCCUGCCUCCACGCAGGAUGAGUCCCACGAGCCCUACAGCUGGGCUUAGCGCCCUCUUCGGUACCUCCCCCCAGGAGGGGGCACCCCCGGACCCCCAAGGUCCCAACAGCCACAGCCGCGACGCGGGACACUGAGGGAGCGGAACCAGCCGUCGUGAGACCACGCUCGAGCUGUCCCCUGUAGCUUGCAGUGUCAACUC